AUGUAUACGAUUCCUGAAAAUGUCAAAGAAUGUGUCGAAUUCGAUCCAUGGUUGAAACCAUACGCUCAGGUAUUGUCUGAGAGAAGAUAUCUUGCCGAUAAAUAUUUAUAUGACAUUAAACAUGCCACUCCAAACGGCAAAGAACAGUCCUUAUCUAAAUUUGCCCGUGAUUCAUAUAAAUCAUAUGGUUUACAUGCUAAUCCAACCACAAAGGAAAUUACUUACAAAGAAUGGGCUCCCAACGCAGAGAAAGCAUUCUUAGUAGGUGAUUUCAAUAACUGGAAUCAGACUUCUCACGAAUUGAAAGAUAAAGAUCAAUUCGGUAACUUCUCUAUCCUUUUACCUCCAAACGAAGAUGGUUCUUUUGCUAUCCCACAUGAUUCAAGAAUUAAAGUUAUGUUCCAACUAAAAGACGGUUCUAAGAUUUUCAGAUUGCCCGCUUGGAUCACCAGAGCCACUCAACCCUCCAAAGAGGAUUCAAAGAAAUAUGGCCCAGCAUACGAAGCAAGGUUUUGGAACCCUGAAAACGCCUACCAAUUCAAGAAUGAAAGACCUGUUUUCAAAGAAAAUAAAGACUCCCUGCGUAUUUAUGAAGCUCAUAUUGGUAUCUCUUCUCCAGAACCUAAAAUUGCUACAUAUAAAGAAUUUACUCAAAAUGUUUUACCAAGGAUCAAAUAUUUGGGUUAUGACGCCAUUCAGUUAAUGGCAAUUAUGGAACAUGCCUAUUAUGCGUCCUUCGGUUAUCAAGUUACCAAUUUCUUCGCGGUCUCUUCCAGAUAUGGUACGCCAGAAGAUUUAAAAGAAUUAGUUGACACUGCUCAUGGUAUGGGCUUAUUAGUAUUAUUAGACGUAGUCCAUUCCCAUGCCUCUAAAAACGUUGAGGAUGGUUUAAAUAUGUUCGAUGGUUCUGACCACCAAUAUUUCCAUUCUCUAUCCUCUGGUCGUGGUGAACAUCCAUUAUGGGAUUCACGUCUUUUCAACUACGGACAUUUUGAAGUCCAACGCUUCUUACUUGCCAAUUUAGCCUUCUAUAUCGACAUAUACCAAUUUGAUGGUUUCAGAUUUGAUGGUGUCACAUCCAUGCUUUAUUUACACCAUGGUGUUGGUGCUGGUGGUGCUUUCAGCGGUGAUUAUGAUGAAUAUUUAUCCAAGGAAAGAUCUGCCGUAGAUCACGAAGCAUUGGCAUAUUUAAUGUUAGCCAAUGACUUAGUUCAUGAGUUGCUACCUGAAUCAGCUGUCACUAUCGCAGAAGAUGUUUCGGGAUAUCCAACUUUGUGUUUACCACGUCACAUGGGUGGUGCCGGAUUUGAUUAUAGAUUAGCCAUGGCAUUACCAGAUAUGUGGAUCAAAUUGUUGAAAGAAAAAUCAGAUGAUGAGUGGGAUAUGGGUAAUAUUGUAUUCACUCUAACUAAUAGAAGAUAUGGUGAAAAAGUAGUGGCGUAUGCUGAAUCUCAUGAUCAAGCGUUAGUCGGUGAUAAAACAUUAGCAUUCUGGUUAAUGGACGCAGCCAUGUAUACAGACAUGACCGUUUUGAAACCAGCUUCCAUUAUCAUUGAUCGUGGUAUCGCAUUACAUAAAAUGAUCAGAUUAAUCACACACGCUCUUGGUGGUGAAGCCUAUUUGAAUUUCGAAGGUAAUGAAUUUGGCCAUCCUGAAUGGUUGGAUUUCCCAAAUGUUAAUAAUGGUGAAUCUUACCAUUAUGCUCGUAGACAAUUUAAUCUGGUUGAUGAUCAUUUAUUACGUUACAAAUAUUUGAAUGAAUUUGACAAGGAAAUGCAAUUGUGUGAAAAGAAACAUCAAUGGUUGAAUACUCCACAAGCUUAUGUAUCAUUGAAACAUGAAGUUGAUAAAAUCAUUGCAUUUGAAAGAAAUGGUUUAUUAUUUGUCUUUAACUUCCAUCCAACUCAAAGUUUCACAAAUUACAGAAUCGGUGUUGAUCAAGCUGGUAUUUAUCAAGUCGUUUUGAAUUCUGAUCGUGAAAACGUUGGUGGUCAUAAUAGAAUCGAUGAAACUACUGAAUAUUUCACUACUGAUUUAGAAUGGAAUAAUAGAAGAAACUUUAUUGAAAUUUAUAUUCCAAGUAGAGUAGCUCUUAUCUUUGCCCUAAAGAAAUAA